AUGUGGAAAAUACCGAAGAGGUUUUCAUUCACUGUAAGUCUCACUUUUUUUAGCGACUUGAUUUCUGAAAGGGCUUUUAGGAUGCUGUAAGGCUUUUAACAGAGAAUGAAACAGUGUCUCAAAACAAUGAACUACCUUGAGUGAAUGAUUGAUCAUUUGGCUCUGCAGUGUGAUUCCCACAUCCCAGAUUAAUGGGCUAGUGAUAGAUCUCAAUGCUCUUUUCAAGGGUAGAUUGUGUUGCUUUCCCAAGGAUCCGCUGGACGACGUUGAGACAUGGGGCGAGUCUGUGGACAAACUUCUCAGUUGUAAAGGUUGCACCAUCUUUUAGUUUUACUUCCAUAACUUUCUUUGUUUUUGCACUUGCUCCCUGCCUGAUGUCAUGUUUGAUUUCCAGCUGGACAGAUAGCUUUCCGGGAGUUCCUGAAGUCUGAGUUCAGCGAGGAGAACAUCUUGUUUUGGCUCGCCUGUGAGGAGUACAAAAAAAUUAAGACGGUCCCAGAGAUGAUCUCAUCCGCCAACAGGAUCUACUCAGAGUUUGUCCAAACAGAGGCGCCCAAACAGGUAAAAACUGCAAGCCAGGCAAAAACCAGGCCUUUAUUUUAGCAGUACAUACUGUAAAAAAAUCUUCAGAGGGUUAUGAUCUGAACUUAACAGGCCCAUUGUGAUGAAGUGAGGACUAUAAAGCUAUACAUUUGCACAUUCUGUGCAGAUGAAACUGCAAACUUUCUUUUUAACAGCACAGAAGUUGUCUCCCUUCAGAUCAUUAAGUGAAUGAUAAUAAAAAGAGUUGUUAUAAGACACCCCUGGGCUAUGUCGUUUGAUUUCAGAUCAACAUAGAUUGGGGUACCAGAGAAAGCAUAACAAAGAACAUCUCCCAGCCGACCCUGACUUCGUUUGAUACGGCACAGAAGCUCAUCUACAGUCUGAUGGCCAGGGAUUGCUACCCACGGUUCCUAAAAUCUGACAUCUAUCAGGGACUCCUGAGGCGAGGUGAAUCAAGGUGACUGUUUUAAAACUGACAGCCUCUCAACAAAGGCUCAUAAGGAGAAAGAAAAAAAGAAAGAAAAAAAAAAAAACCUUCUCUCUAGCCCUGAUCUACUGUAGCACGCUUUGAUUUCAGCGUGGAUAACAGGUUCAUGCCAGACAAUCCAGCUUCUAAGUGUAGCAGAAAUAGUUUUUUUUUUUUUUGUCAACCUGUGUGAUCUAGUAGACAGUUCCAGCUCAGAGAAUUUGCGGUUUGUAUUAUUCUCCAUCUCAUUAUUUAUCUUUAGUUUUAAAUAGAAAGUCUCAAAACAGAUUGUGCACACGAUUCUUCACAGAUUAUCUACUUUCUCCCUCUCCCUGUGAGGUUAAUAAAGAAAAAUCUCUUUUUGUAAAGUAUUAUCAUGCCAUUGAGUUUGCAAAUUAUAAGUCCUUUUAUGCUCUGAGACAGUCAGCUUUAAAACAAAUAAAUAUGUAAGUGCAUUCUUAAAAUUCUCGCUUUGUUUUGUGCUUUGUCAAACUUUUUAUUUCUCAUUCACAUUAAAAAGCUUUUAGAGACAAAAGCUAAAUAUACUCAGCUGAAUGGCAUUUGGGUGUGGUUACUUUGAAUGUGAUGCAAAUCCUCUUUUUUGAUUCAGUGAAGGCAAAUAAACAUGCCUAAACAGGGGUGUGCCGAGGGGCUGCACAAAAAACUGAUGAACCAUGGACCCCUGGAAGAAUAAUAUUUGCUUUCUGAUCAGUUCUGAUUUGUUCAAAGAAGCUCCAUAUUUUGUGUUGUGUUGCCUUGGAAACCAGUUAAUUCUUUGGCUGCAUUCCAGUUGUACUCAGAAGUCGGAAUUUUCAAGCUCCGAGUCGGAAAUCCAUCUGGAACACUGAAGUUGGAUUUCUGACUCAGAAGGUCGGACAAUUCCCCACCAACGUGACGCCAUAAUCCAAGAUGGCAGCGCAGUGCAUCAACAGUAAAGAGUAACAGUAAAAGCUUGUGUUAUGUAUUAUUAAUUCGCAUUUCUGUUUUGUUUUUGUAAAAUUAAAUAAGUGGUAAAUGUUAUACUGCAUAACGUCUAACUGUGAACACGGUGCUAUGGUGUUUGUAGGAUUAAAAUACUGUGUUAUGAGUUGUUUACAGCUGGUAUCGCUAACAACAAACGACAGCUAACAAUUGUAAACAACAGCUAACAACUGCUAACAGUGACCAUCAAUCUUGGUUUUCCGACUUAUAUACUGGAACGCCGUCAACUCGGGUGUAGCGUCAUUCCCAGCUCCAACAUCCAACUUCUGAGGUAACUGGAGUUCGAUAUUUAAUCAGUUAAUAGAUUAAUUGAUUAAUUCAAUUAAUUCAAUUUUAUGGGGAAGUGAAAGUCUUUGAUAUUGAAAACCUCUUCCUCAAGGGUGCUCAAGACAGGUAGCAAUGUUACUUACAACAAAAUACAAGAUAAAUGACUAUAAAACAUAAAAACAUGUUAUUACAAAAUGAAAAAAGAAAGAAAGAACAACAACCACAGCUAGAAAUGUAUCAGGCAGAAUAGAUUUGUCUAAAAUGAUUCAUAGUUAUUCAACAACACCUCAGUGAUGAACCUCAAUACUCUAUGAUACUCGGUGUCUAGAGACAGCAGGCCUUGAUAAUAUACAGCACAGACAUGAAGGGGGCAGCAACUUCUCUCUUUAUCCGAGGAUUUGACUACAUAAUGUUUUUCUUUUAAUCUUUUUCCAGAUAUGAGGUAUAAAAGAAAGAGUUUCAAAGGUGAACAUAAGAUACCUGUAGUGAGGGACAAGCUUAAUUUUUGUACCCUGAAAUUAUGAGAUUAAAGGCAGGUAAGGUGGCUUUUAUUUUGUAUUUGAAGACAGCACGACUUCAGCUUUGUAUGUGUUUUCAAUAAGAUUUAAAUUAUCAAAAUGUAAAUGAACAGCAAGCCAACAGAGGGCUUGAAACACAGUAAUAUAGUUUGGUUUAUCAGUUUAUUUGGCAGGAGCCAUGCAAAACACAACUGCUGCACCCAAGGCGGUUAUGAUAAUUUACAUCUCUUGGCAGGAAAAUCUAAAAAAAAAAAGUUGCAACACAACAGUUAAAAAAAACUCUAUAUAAACUUCUAAAAUCAACAAAAUUACAUCCUCUUUUACUUUACAGGUGUCAACCAAUCAGCCUAAAGAAUUAUUUUUUUUUUUAACAUUUCAAACAAAAAAUAUUUAUAAUGAAUGCUGCAACUAAAUUACCAAAACCCACCAAUAUAAGGUUGUCAGAGGACAGCAUGAGCAUGUAGAGGAAGAAAUCACUUUGUCAACAGAGGCGCCAAUUUUAACACAAACCAAAAGUUUCAUGAGCUUUAAACACAGAUAUGUAACCCAACAGAGUAUUGGUGUUUUUUAUCCAGGGAUAGUAUUCAUCCAGACAGCUAAACUAAGCAUCAAAGGUGUGGGGUUUGAGAUAAAUGGCUCACAAAUCCCCUUUGCUGUCAUCAGAGAGAGGUUUUAUGUCGAUUAGGUUGGAAAGUUGAAAAAAAAAAAAAAAAAAAACACCAGAUGGCAACAGAGCCUUUCACACCAAACAGCAGGGUGGACUGAGGUGGCACACUUCCUCAGACUCUGUGUGGGGGUUCUGAGCCACACAACUGCACAUAGAGGAAGUCUGUACAUUCAGCACAGCGCUCAGAGGAAGUGUAAGAAACACCGCCUGGAGAUAAAUUUGUCAGAAAUGCCAGACACGGGUGGAUAAGCGGGGGUGAACUUUCUGUGGCAAUUCAGUUGGUUUACUGCCGCUCUGUGACUUCAUUCAUCAUAGAGACCUGAGCGGACUCAUAUCUACACUUUAAAUCCAAUCUGAUGGUGCUCCAUGUUAAUCUCACCUAAAAGAAAGAUACUGUCAAGUGCAGACAUUCAGACUGUGUUGAGUAGAUUUUAGCAGAACUAGAUCAUGUGAGAUCCUUCUCUGUUUUAUAUUAAGUCAGGAUAAGUGAGAUCGUACAAGUUUUUGUAUCUGUGUAUGCAAAGCAUGCAAAAGCUGAGACAUCACAAAAAGGCAUGUGUUCACAGAAAAAGAAGCUGGCACACCAUAUUUGGAUUUACUGCUUCAUUUUAGCAUGUUUACAGCUCUAACGUUUUUAUUCUCAGUUGUUUUUGGGAAACUAAAAGUGGGUAUAGCGGGGUUCUCCAUCUAACGGCAGGGUGUUGAACUAACACAUGUUCUGUUUAUGUCUGAGGUGUGAAUGAAUGUACAAGAAAUGUAUUUUAAGAGCUGGUGUUCAACAGUCUGUUUUGUGCACUGUGCAGACAGCUCACCACAACUUCCUCCUCUGGAGACGACUCUGGUUGCUCUCACCUCUUUGUAG